ACAUAAGUGUUGUGUGUUUUAUUUUACGUUAUCUUUUAUACCAAGAUUAUUGUUAUUUGUUGAGAGUAAUUACAGGCCAUGGAAAGCUUGUCUUCUAGUCCAAAUAUGAGUGCAGAAGCGACAGGCGAAAUUUUUCCGAAUACAUCACCUCAGAACGCAAGAUAUCUGGAAGAAAAUUCAGAUAACACUACUGAAUUUUAUUUUGAAUCAGACCAUUUAGCCCUCAAAGGAAACGGAGAUUAUCUGAAUCUCCUUAAGACCAUAGCCGUUUUAGAAUCACAAAGAACAAAAGCUAUUCAGGACUAUGACAAGCUGUUGGCCAUACAAGAAGCAGCAAUGCAAGAUCCAAUGAAAUUUGUUGAAAAACUUCAAAGAGGAGAAGACUUGGGAAUCCCAGUACCACAAGUUAUUGAAGAACUCCCAGUCAUUGACUGGUCCUCAUACAAUGUGACAGUACCUACAGAUUCACUGAAGCCUCUUACCAGGAAAGAUUCAAACAGGCAUGCAGGUACUUCAUUGGACUCUGUCAUGAACACUGAACAUGAUUCAUGUGACUUGAAAUCCAAAAUUUUAGUUCGAGGCCGACCAUUUGAUGACAGCAAGCCUGAAACAUUCAACCAGCUGUGGACAGCAGAGGAACAGCGACGAUUAGAAGAACUGCUGGUUGAAUAUCCACCUGAAGAGGUAGAGUCCAGACGAUGGCAGAAGAUUGCAGCAGCCCUGGGGAAUCGCACGACCAAGCAAGUUUGCAGCCGAGUGCAGAAAUAUUUUAUCAAGCUUCAUAAAGCAGGAUUACCUGUCCCAGGAAGAUCUCCAAAAUUGCAGUCUUUAGAUAUAUUUCGAAAGGGAUACCAUCCUCAUCGGCAUCAGAAGAACAAUCAUUAUUUGUUGAAGCAAACAACAUUUUUCCCAUCUCAAGAUGUUCCAGUGUACAUGUCUGACUAUGAUGAUGAAACAGUUGGAUCCUGCACCAAUAUUUCCACAGGAGAAUAUGGCACAAAAAUGGAAGAUAGAUUAUCGGAUGAUGAUAUAAAUGCAGCACAGAAGCAUGAAAAUUCAGCCGAGUACCAACAGCUUUGUCUUCUGCGGAGGGUGAAGAGAGACAAGGAGAUGGAAAAGGGCAGGUUUCCUGUUGAACAUUUAGGCUACAAGUGUGACCUGUGCAAACAGGAGCCUCUGCUUGGGACCAGAUGGCAUUGUGUUGACUGCCCACCCAACAUGUCUGUCGACUUCUGCACGGAUUGUGUUGUGACACAAAUAGAAUCCAGCAGUCCUCACCCUGUAAUGCACCACUUCGUGGAUUUAAGGAAAAAUGAGGAGCAGAGAAGAGGCUUGUGGGAUCAGGAUUACAUGCCCCACAGUUUCUCUUUGACUGGAAAGCCAAACAGUUACAACUAUCUGGACCCAAACUUCAUGCCUGAGUAAUGCAUAGUAUUUUUAUAUUAGCCAAGAAUUUUAAUUGUAUGCAUCCUUUUAUUAAUCUGAUGUACUUGCAUAGGAACAGUUAAGAUUUCAGGUUCUCAUGAUGACAAGUAUGAAAAUGGCUCUCUUCUGGGAUGUUGAGUCAUGUAGUCUGGUAUAAAUUGAUUGAUGUUUCAGAAGUAAAUUCUGCCUCCAACCCAAAAGACAGCCAUCUUAUUCUUAACAGUUAUCUGUACCUGUGGCAAUGAAUAUGAAUGGGCUGGGUUCCUAACUGACUCUUGCAACAAGACCGUUUCUUGAUCUUUUCUGCAUCUCCAUUCUCUUCAAUCAUCUGCUAACAGUUCCGCACCUCCUACAUAGCAGGAUCUUGUCAUUGUCUUCUCAGCUUCCCUAGGUUAGCUGGUACUGUUUGCUUUCUGAGGUGGUAUACCAGAAUCGUUGGCUCUCUGCUGAGAAAAAUUAACUUGCAGAUGGAGGGUUCCUUUGUGUGGCUUUGCCACUUUCUCUUUUAUUUUCCUUGUUUCAGUUUUGCUCCCUGGGAAUUGAGGAAUAGUUGUCUUCUCAGCUUCCCUGGAUUCACUGAUGUCAUUUCCGCCAGAACUGUUGGCAUUCUGCUGAGAAAAGUCAACUUUCAGUUAUAAACUCUGUGCCCUUAUAUGGUUUUGUCAUUUCUCUUAUUUUUCAUAUUCCAUUUAUUUUCUGUGACAAGUAGAGAACAAGUGUCACCACCCCACCCACAGAGCCCCCCAUAUGGGCAGAAAACAUUAAUGCGAAGGAAUUGUUAGGACACUACCAUAUCCACUCCAGUGUCAUGCAGCCCUUUGCAGGAUAUCUGGCAUCUUGGCUUCAGUGGAUCAGAGCCUGUUUUCACUGUCAAAAGACAUUAGCCGCCUCCACAGCAAAGGGUUGGAUUUUGGAGGAGUGUCUGUACCUGACUCUAUCCAUGCAACAAACAAGAUUUCUCAGGGAUCGUAGCAAUUUUUUUUCAGAGUAACUCUGGUGUUUAACAUUGUUAGUGAAAGAAAUACUUUUCCUGCCUUUUCUUUGUUAUUGGAUAUUAUUUGUUGUUUUUUUGUAAGAAGUCAUAGUCAAGUUACCAUGGUUAUCAUGUAAGAACAAAAGAAGGAAUUUGUUAAAUUUAACUCAGGAAUGGAAUGGUUAAAGCUCUGUAAGUAUUUAUAAUUGUCAAAGAUUUGAUGUGUGUACCACUAAUAUGUAAACUCACCCAUACAGAAAUUAACAUGGCAGGUCAGCACUCUUUCAGACUCUAA